UCCCCUCUGUCGUGUACUACCCCCCUCUCUCUCCCUCUCUCUCUCUUUACGCAAGCACUUAGCAAAUAUGGAAAAAUCAAAGAAUUUCAGGAUUGACGCAUUACUGGCUGAGGAGCCCACAAGGGCAGCCCUGGGUUCGGCAUCUCCUGGUCUAAGUGUUGAUGGACCUGAAGAAAGCCCUGGGCCUGGGAUCCGAACAGAAACACCUUCCCCCCGGGCCAUGUCAUUCCAAACAGGCAUCAUUCCUAAACCAGGACUGCUCAGUCUGCCCCACUCUGGACUCGGGACUAUACCCGCCAUUUACCCUGCUCCCAUGUACCCUGUCCCAGCUCUGGCGGCCCAGCAUCCGGCAUUCAGCUACUCUGCCUUCCCACACUUGGCGCAGUCCUACCCUGACACCCUCAAGGCGGCAGCCAGCUCGUUUCCCCUCGAGCAUUGGAUUCGUGCAGGAAUCAUGGUGCCCAGACUGCCCGACUACACCUCUUCGCCACAAUCUGGUCUGAUGGGGAAGUGUCGCCGGCCACGCACAGCCUUCACCAGCCAACAGCUUCUGGAGCUCGAGAAUCAAUUCAAGCUCAACAAGUACCUGUCACGACCCAAGCGUUUUGAAGUAGCUACGUCACUGAUGCUCACUGAGACUCAGGUUAAGAUCUGGUUCCAGAACAGGAGGAUGAAAUGGAAACGUAGUCGGAAAGCAAAGGAGCAAGCAGCCCAAGCAGAAAAUGAGAAGCAGCAUGGAGUUAAAGUAUCAGACAAGUUACUCACAGAGGAAAGCCACGUGGCCAUGGAGGAGGAGGAAGAAGACGAUGAGGAAGAGGAGGAGGAAGAGGAUGAUGACCGUGUGCAUCAGACAGACUACCUACGACAUACCUCAGAUCUAAACUACAUUGCUCACAGUUCCUGCUCUGAGGAUGAGCUCAGUUUAGCUGAUAGAAAGAUAGGAGCUGGCUUGUGAGUGAAGCAAAGAUGGAAAGGGGAUCUGUGAUGGAACCUUUGGACUGCUUUUUAUGGGAUGGUGCAUAUGUAUAGAACAUUGUUACAUUGUGAGUUCAUUAUUAGGACCCAGAGCUGCACAAGUACCAGGCUGCAUUUGGAGGCGCGAGCACUAAUAUGUUUUUAAACAAAUAUAGGAGGGAAGGCCCAAGCUGCAGAACUGCAUUUUUCCUUCUGGAUGUUGGGAGAAAUUAACAGUAAUGGACACUGUGGCCCUUAUAUUUUCACAACUUCUAUUGUACUUGCUGCAGCAACAUAAACAAUUUUGCAUAAGCAUGUUCACACGAUGCAGAUAACAGAUCAACUGGAAGAGAAGACUGUGGGUUGGGUAGGGGGCAAUUCAGCAGCAUGGUUUCAUGGCCUCUUGAAGUUUGCAUGUUUGUGAAAUUCUUCUGGUUAUAUUCUACACUGUUAGUCUUGCCCUCAAAAAGCAGACAUAGUUAGGCUAUGUUGUGGAUUAUAAGACUGUUCUUUCUGGCCACACCUUCACCGCUCAGGACUUCUGGUUGCUUUCAUGUCCUCCAAAUGAAAUGUCCACUUAACUCUUCCAUCACCUUCUCAUCAUUAAUGCAUGUAUAGUACCCAUCUUCAUUAAUGUUACCUUCAAUGACAAGGUCAGCUACAGCAAAAGGUUAACGUAAUAAACCUACUGAUUCUUGUCUCUGCAACCAUGGCGUGCUUCUCCACAUCUCCAUGUUCUUCCUGUGUUUCACUCAAUUUAUUCCUCCAUCUUCCUGUCAAAUUCCAACUUCAAUAAUCUGUCAAGUUCUUUGAUCCAAUAUAUUUUUUUUAUAUUUCCCUUAUUACUAUAAGCAUACCAACAUUCUGCUUUCUUCUCUAUUACAUCUUUCUCAUAACUCCACUUUUUUUUUCCAAACUCAGUCUUUCUCGCUGAGCCAUCUUGUUUUAGUUACACCUUUCUCUUUCCAUUCACAUUGCUACUUUAUCUUUUUUUAAAGUUUAGUUUAUCACUCCCCCAGAACUCCGUGUCAUCCUUCAUUUUGGGAUGUCCCUAACUGUUAUCUCCAUGGGGAGAUCCCACCAAGGAAUUCAAUAAUUACAUUUUUGUAUUGAAUAUAACUUUAUAAAAGCCAAUUAGGAACUGAAUGAUUGAGCAAACAGGAGGAACUG